CCCAACCUCAGACUUUUGACAUGCGUCAAGUCGACAAGUCAACCUCAACUUUGUGGAGUUUAUUGUUUACUUUAUCGAGUCUGGAUCACCUAAAUAACGUUGGACUUUUUAGUCCACCUGCGACAUGUUUCUCUUCACCGCGCCCCGAAGAUACCGUUAUCGCCUCUUCACACCCGAGCAGCGGAAGUGAGAGAAGUUGGGGAAGUUGUUCAUGGAUGCAGAUCUUCAAAGAACAACAACCAGAAGAGUGAUUUUUUUGUUUUCUGUCAAGUUCAAGUUCAAAUUUAGGACGAGCUGGAUGUUGGACAUGGAUACCCACGUUAAGGAAGGACAACUCUAUGUGCAGCAUCAAAAGUUUGGCAAGAAAUGGAAGAAAAACUGGUUCGUCCUCUACCCGGCUAGCCAAAACGGCAUCGCCCGCCUCGAGUUCUUCGACUCGCAUGGGUCGGGAGGAGCGGGUGGCGGCUCGGGCGGCACCUCCAACGAGAAGACAAGAAAGUUGGACAAGAAGAUCAUUCGGUUGUCAGAGUGCAUUUCUAUUCUACCUGCUCUGACGGAGAGUUGUCCCAAAGACAACAUGGCGGUGUUCUGUGUGGAGACCAUCGACAAGACGCAUGUGUUCGCUGCUGAGAAGAACACUGCCAAGGAGUGGAUGGAUACCAUGUGUGACAUUGCAUUUCAGGGUGGAAGCGGCAACAGCAGUGGCGUUGGUGAAUGUGAUGGUGGAUCCCAGGACUUGAAAAUGUCAGAGAACCUCAUCUAUUACUCCAGAGAGGAAGUAAAUGAGUUUUGGGUGGGCAUCCAGUGGACCGAGGCUUCAGGUCGCUGUGGGCUGGCAGGCAACUACUGGCUGAAAGCUGAAAGCAACGUCUUGGUCUUGAAAGACCCCAAAACAAAGAGGAACGUCUUCGUCUGGCCGUACAAGCUGCUGAGGAGAUACGGGCGUGAUCGGGUGAUGUUCUCCUUCGAGGCUGGCCGCCGCUGUGACUCGGGCCCUGGUAACUUCACCUUCGACACCAAGCAAGGCAACGAGAUCUUCACACUUGUGGACCAGGCCAUCAAGUCACAAAAGGCUCUGGCUGAGGAGCGUCCCGUGAGCUGCCCCAUCUAUUUCGACCCAGAGUGUCCGCCAUCACUGCAGCACAUACGUAAUGCUAGCACCACCGUACCCGGAAGUGGAGACAGCAGCAGCUGUAGUAGCUGGGAGGCCGAUGGCGAUUCGGGUGGAAGCAAGCCCGGCUCUGCAGACGGCGUGCUCGGGAAAAGAGAGGGAGGAGAUAGCGGAGCCGGAGGAAGAGGGCAAGGAAGUGGUGUGGCUGAGAGACACAAAGGAAGGAGUUUACCAGAAUUACCAGCCAUAUUCGGGGUUGUGAGCGAAGGAAACACACCUCCACGGUCCCCGAGAGGUCAAGGGGCAUCAAAGUGUUCUUCUCCGGCUAAUGAACAAGCUGCUCUUUAUUCAGAACCAGCUGAUGCCGUACGUUUGCCUCCGCACGCUGCUGACGGUCUCUACUCUGACCCGGUGGACAGCAUCAAGGGCCAGAACGCAUCCAGCAGCACAUCCACACCUUUGGUACCAACACCUCGCCUCCGAACAGCCGGUGACGAGACCUCCGUUGGUGGAGCCCAAGCAGAGCACCACCAUGGAAGCAGCGACCACAGAAAAGUCCCUGAUCUGUAUUCUCACGUCUACGACCACAUCAGCAUGGAGCUGAGCCACAAGACCAGCAAGCUAAGUCUGAAUGGAUCGGCCAAUGCAGGGGGGCGUGGGAGAGGUGGAGGCAGAGUGCUGAACAGUAACAGGAGACCCCCUGGAGGUCAGGCAGAGGGAGCACCCACUGCUAUGGAACAUAUUUACGACGAGCCGGAGGGUUGUGCACCACAUCGGGGCACGGGUGUUUAUGAUGAAGGCCAUCUCGAGCAUGUCGGCCAAAAAACAGUGGCGCCCCUGACAGGACUGGAGGGAAACUACAGCACCCCCACCCAUGCAGAGCCUCACAAACACUCUCCUACCAACCGAAGAGCACAACACCCUCCGGCUCCAAGAUGGCCGAAACCUGUCACCACCCCCAAACCCAGCAGGGGCCAUUUUACUCGUAAGGAGCCUGUACCAUUGCCUUUUGGGAAAAAUGGCGGCCCUGUCAGUAAUGUAAACAACAACAACAACAACAUUUGGGGCAAAAUGGGCGGAGGGGACAAGGAUCUGUACAGCAAAGUGUCAAAACAGAAAGCUUCACCUUCCAAAUCUUGGUUAAAUCAACCCAAAGGGACGCCGUUGAGAUCACCUGACAUUAUCUACGAUAACUUGGGAGAUGUUUAAUGACCACCAGAAACAUUUAAAGCAAAACAAGGCAGCUUUUUUUUUCCACUGUGGACUCUAAAUAAUUGAGAGUCUUCCUUGUUAGCCCCCCAAGCUAAAAUAGAGCCCUUUUAUUUGUCUAUUUUUUUGUGAGACAACGUUUGGAUGCUCCAAAGGCUCUGUGGUUGCAGAAGCCACUCCUGAAAGGAUCCUGAAACCAGCUAAGCUCUGCUUGCACAAAAUGUCUGUGUCCCAUACAAAAGCUACACUGCUGCAUUGUGUCUUUGUGCAAUCUGAGAAGAUUUUGGAUUUUAUUUGACAGGUUCUGCGGGAUCCACAAGAUCUAGUGCUUCCUGCAUCAAUUCAUCACCUUGCUUGCCAGUGUUGCAGGGAAGAUAUAAAAGGGCACUAAUACGAGACAUGGAUCAGAUGUUAUUCCAAAGCUCCACGUGGUGGAAAAACAUCUUGUCAUGCUUUUGCGAUGGGAACUCAAUCCCUUAUUUUGGUUCAAGGAAACAGGCAAAAAGGGGUCAUGCUGUUUUUAAACUGCUGGGGAAGGUUGACAGAAAUGAUUUGAAUCCGUAAUUGUUGUAUAUCUAAUUAAGGAAGCCUGCAAGGUGCAUCUCAAUAAAUCAGAAUAUAAUAUUUGAAAAGUUCCCUUUUUCCUAGUAGUUCAAUCGGUUCAGUACAGAAGAUGUGUCCAAAUAUUUACCUCAAUACCAGGGGUCUCAAACUCAAUUUACCUGGGGGCCACUGGAGCUAGGGUCUGGGCAAGGCUGGGCCGCAUCAGGUUCCCCCCCCCCCAAAAAAAACGCAUUUAUUAAAAACAGAAAAAUAUACAAACUUUUUCAGUGCUUUGGUUCCGAUUUUCUACAAUAAAAGCUCUGAUAAAACAUUCCACUGUUCUCAAAUAUCUUAAUUUUAAUUUUUCUGCACAAAAUAAGAUGAAAAAUAAACAAAUCAAGAAUAAAGAAAAUCAAUCAAUCAGUAAUAAAUAAAUAAAAUAAUAAUAAAACGGCAAUUUUUUUCAGAUUAAAAUGAACAAAGCAUUAUUAGAGCCCUGUAGACAUGACAAAACACGACUAUAGUCACAUUUAUACUCUUUUUAUUUACAACAUAUUGCGCAACUGCAGGGUCUUGAGACACAUGCUAACUCGCAAACUAGAGAGCUAGCGACCUAAACGGUAGCCUCCAAGUUAUUUCCUUUAAACUUAAAAAGCCAAAAACUUACCACUUCCACAUAACUAUUAACGGUUAUUUAACCUUUAACAUGAACAUUAAUCAAACGUAAUAUUUUUUUCUGGGUACAUGAUACCAUACAGCAUGCGGGCCGCACUAACAUUAAACUUUCAUAUCAAGGCGGGGGCCUCAAACUAGUGUCCUGCGGGCCACAUUUGGCCCGCGGGCCGCGUGUUUGAGACCCCUGGUUUACAAUAUUAUUCUAAAAAAAAAAGUGCUGACACUUCCUGCUUUAUUCUUGGCAUUUUGUUUCCUUUUUUCCGCGUGUUUGAGACCCCUGAUUUAGAACAAAUCCGCACAAACCCGAGGUACUACUGUAUUAUUUUAUUAUUGUAAAAAGUCUUAAAAAUUAAAUAAAAAGCAACUGAUCCCCGACUGGCUAUUUUUGGACACCCCUGCACUACAUAUGAGUGAAAUAUUGAAAUAAUAUAUUUCUUAAAUUCUUAGUAAUUCUGAUAAUAGACUGUACCUCUUAGAAAAUUUGAAAAAUUCAGAGUCUUGCAAUUUCCUGGUGCCCACUCUCCGCUGAAACACCAUCAUAUGCUCCGCAGCCUUACUCAUGCCUCGCCAAGCCCUUCACCCACCCUCAAAAAUCUUUAGGUCUUUGAUUGGUCGGCUUGUACGCCUUCUGCUAUGAUUUCCAAUCAAUAUCUGCAAUAAAAUUGCCCUAUGUAAAAUCGAUUAGCUCCAAUAACAAUUGCCGUCUCUCUUUUAUUGCCAUUGUUUCCUCACGAAAAAGGAACCCAACAAGGUAAUAAACAGUUGAGUCGACAUGCGCCAUGGGAGUUGACUCUCAAUUCUUCACCUCAAAUAACCUUUGCAGGAUACCGUGAUUUACUGAGAUGCACCCGUAUAUGUAAAACACAGCCGUUCUGUCUGUAAGUACAACUAACAAUAAACAAUGCCUGAGAAAACUUCAAA